GUGCUUAGAGAGAAGGGCCGCUCUCUUUUUGUCUCCAGAAUUUUACUUACGAUUAAAUAAUUUGGGUUGUCGGCGAGAUGUGUGUAAGAUAAAACAGAUCAUGCUGUAAAUCCCGAUAAUGGACUUAUGACGCAAGAUGGAUAAUUAUGGCUAUAACCUAUUCGCAAAUAAAUCCUACAGAUAUGGAGAACAUUUACCAUUGAACUCAUCAGUAAAGAACAAUACUAUGAAUAACCUGUAUCUUAUCCUUAUGUGAUAGACGACAGAAAUGAUUUCAGGUAUUGACUUUCUCUCUCAGGGACAGCAUGUAUUAUUCAUGGUGUGUGUGUGUGUGUGUGUGUGUGUGUGUGUGUGUGUGUGUGUGUGUGUGUGUGUGUGUGUGUGUGUGUGUGUGUGUGUGUGUGUGUGUGUGUGUGUGUGUGUGUGUGUGUGUGUGUGUGUGUGUGUGAGAUCAAUGGUUGCUGUCUGAGGCAAGAUGUUAGACUCUGUGAUGCCAUCUUGCUUUUAUGGCAUCACUCAGGCCUAGGGAAAACCUCUCUCCCACUCUAUCUCCUUUCCUGACAGAGCCCAUUCCUCAUGACGUCAGCGUCGAAGUGUGCGUGUGUGUCUGUGUGUAUAUGUGUGUGUGUCGUCAGUGUCCCAGGGGUACCAGGGAAUCUUCCCUCCGCUUUUGUUUUCAGGUCGGAGACAACGUGAAUGUCCUCCAAAAAUAUAGCUGUCCUCCCUCAGUCAGAGGGCCAAAUGUACUGUACAGGUGAAGGUAUUUCCUCCUAGUAUGUCACCCACCAUUCAGGUCUUCCUAUUGGAACCAGGUCCGUCACCCACCAUUCAGGUCUUCCUAUUGGAACCAGGUCCGUCACCCACCAUUCAGGUCUUCCUAUUGGAACCAGGUCCGUCACCCACCAUUCAGGUCUUCCUAUUGGAACCAGGUCCGUCACCCACCAUUCAGGUCUUCCUAUUGGAACCAGGUCCGUCACUCACCAUUCAGGUCUUUCUAUUGGAACCAGGUCUGUCACCCACCAUUCAGGUCUUCCUAUUGGAACCAGGUCCGUCACCCACCAUUCAGAUCUUCCUAUUGGAACCAGGUCCGUCACCCACCAUUCAGGUCUUCCUAUUGGAACCAGGUCCGUCACCCACCAUUCAGGUCUUCCUAUUGGAACCAGGUCCGUCACCCACCAUUCGGGUCUUCCUAUUGGAACCAGGUCCGUCACCCACCAUUCAGGUCUUCAUAUUGAAACCAGGGCCCUCACCCACCAUUCAGGUCUUCCUAUUGAAACCAGGUCCGUCACGCACCAUUCAGGUCUUCCUAUUGGAACCAGGGCCCUCACCCACCAUUCAGGUCUUCAUAUUGAAACCAGGGCCCUCACCCACCAUUCAGGUCUUCCUAUUGAAACCAGGUCCGUCACGCACCAUUCAGGUCUUCCUAUUGGAACCAGGCCCGUCACCCACCAUUCAGGUCUUCCUAUUGGAACCAGGUCCGCCACGCACCAUUCAGGUCUUCGUAUUGGAACCAGGUCCGUCACGCAACAUUCAGGUCUUCCUAUUGGAACCUGGCCUGUCGUGCACCAUUCAGGUCUUCCUAUUGGAACCAGGCCCGUCACGCAACAUUCAGGUCUUCCUAUUGGAACCUGGCCUGUCGUGCACCAUUCAGGUCUUCCUAUUGGAACCAGGCCCGUCACGUACCAUUCAGGUCUUCCUAUUGGAACCAGGUCCGUCACCCACCAUUCAGGUCUUCCUAUUCAAACCAGGCCUGUCGUGCACCAUUCAGCUCUUCCUAUUGGAAUCAGGCCCAUCGCGCACCAUUCAGGUCUUCCUAUUGGAACCAACCCAAAAAUACACUAUCUGGCUAAAGGUGAGUUCAUUCAUCACAGCAACCUGCUGCUUCAUACAUCCAUACUAUUCCCCUUCUGGGGGCUUCAAACAGAUGGAGGAUCCACAAAGGUAGAUAUUCACUGUACCUGGCUGACAUGGGAAUGGAAAGCGGAAUAGCUAUCUAGCGAUUAUAAAUACACUUCCUGGUGGAUGUGAGAAUCCUCAAAGGUCGCCUGUCCACCUACCCACACGCAUUUAGGCAUGCACACACACACGUGUGCUCACGCGCACACACACACACAGACACACACACCAAAGGACUGUUCCUCUGGGACAAUAGAGUGUGAUGAAUAGCUAACCCACCAGAGCUCCGUGCUAAGCCAUAAGAAACCCCACCAGCCUAAUUAACAGAAGGAGAAACCCCACCAUGUUGCCCUGCUCCUCAUCUCAAUACAUUAACAUGAGAGGCAGCAUUAAAAUAGUUGACAAACCUACACUAUCCAGCUCUAGAUAUAUGUUAUCUGAAUAAACUAUAGGCAGAGAAGAAAUAUGCCUGAGAUAUCAACCCCUCAAACCCCACUGCCUGUCAUGAAUAGCUAAUAAAACCGUCUGGUGCAAAUUGCAUACAGAGAAUUAAUGAAAUGAAUAAUGAAUUGAUAUCCAUCUAACAGGCGUGAGGGAUGAUUU